AUGGGCCUGGUUUAUGCUGCAGCGAGCAUGGUCAUUGUCUGGCUGGGUAACAAGGACCUUCGUGAAGCUUUCGAGCACGUGGAGUUGCUUGAAGAGUCACCACAUGACAAUGUCCCGACUGCGCACCGUGGGCCCAUCAAUUUAAUCGACAACGCCGUCACUGCAAUUCUUACUAUCGUCGAAACGCAAUGGUUCACCAGGGGAUGGAUCAUACAAGAGUUCGUUCUCGCCAGAGAGCGUUACCCCACCAGGUUCACCGAUGAGCGGGACCUCAUAUAUGCCGGCCUUGGACUGGCUAGUCCACAUACUAGGAUUGUGCCCAACUACAACCUUAGUCUCACAGAGGUUUUCCUGGAAUUUUCGUGGAGUGCUGGCGCUGACAGCUCAGAUGAGAUUCUGAGCACAAAUUUAGUGGAAAUCUAUCGUGUCAUCAAAGCAGAUGCCGAGAAGCUUCUCAACGAAGAACCCACGAGGAAAGAGCUCAAAGAGGAAGAAGUUCGAAGCAGAUUCUGGCGAACGGUCACUUCGCAUAAGUACACAACGCCACCACCUCUGCCAAAGGAUUUUGGUCUUGUGCCAUUCUUUGAGGAUAUCAACGAUAUUCACUAUCCCCGGGUUUUUACCACCUCUAAAGGGUACAUGGGAAAGAUGAUUCCCUCCAAGAACAAUCAGCGCUAUGAAGCGUUCGAUGGAACACAAGAUCACGAGCGCUUAUCGUGGAAGAAGCAGGCGAUCGUCGAUCUAAAGCCUUCACUACAUCGCGAUACAUACAUAGGAGCGCUUUUGUUCAACACCUGCGCCUUCAUCCUGCCAGCUCUUUAUAGCACCUUAUCGAAGCUAUGGGUUGCGAACAUCGACUCCUCCAUGGUAGUCACAACAGACACGUACACAUACAUCGGCGUGGUCGCAGAAGUCUUGAACGAAGGUCUUCCGCGCGCUGCUUACCUCGUCAUCGGCGACAAGUCCAGUCGUGGUUUCCGUUAG